AUGGUCCCCCACACCCCGAUGGGCAAGAUCGUGGGUGGGGUGUGCUCGCUCUCGGGUGUACUCGUGAUCGCGCUGCCCGUGCCUGUCAUCGUCAGCAACUUCUCCCGCAUUUACCACCAGAACCAGCGCGCUGACAAGCGUAAAGCUCAGAAGAAGGCGCGGUUAGCCCGCAUCCGCAUCGCGAAGGCGUCGAGCGGCGCAGCGUUUGUGCUGAAGAAGAAGGCGGCGGAGGCUCGCAUAGCAGCGCAGGAGAGCGGCCUGCUCGACGACUACGGCAAGGAGGAGGACAUCUUCGAGCUGCAGCACCAUCAUCUGCUGCGAUGUCUCGAGAAAACUACGGGCGACUAUGGAGAUGAUAGAAGGUCUAUCCUGCAAAUGAUGGGGAUGAUCGAAGGUCUAUCCUGCAAAUGA